AUGGCAUCACGGCUCCCAACCCCGGCGCGCCGCCUCCUGGCAAAACAUACUCCUUUCCGCUCACUCCCGUCACUCUCACAAUCAUCACUCCCACCAGCAACCCCCAUAAUUCAAGCCAACCUCCCACAACCCAAGCCAGCCACCGCAACCACCACCACCGCCGCCGCAACCAUCACCCGCCCCCUCUCAACAACCCCCCCCCGGCCCUGGCUACUCUCCGCGCUCCCCAACCUCGCCGCCAGCACCAACGGUGGCCCCUCCCCGCCCAAGACCCUCCGCGCGCGACGAGUACUCCCCUACCCAGCCGCCCAGAUCUACACCCUCAUCGCCGACAUCGAUUCAUACACACACUUCCUGCCACACUGCCCGCACUCGCGCGUGACCAAGUGGGUUACCACACCCCCCACACCCAUCACCAUGCCCACAACGGAUGGUAGCAGCAACGCACCCCCCCAAAAAGCCACAGGAACGGCAGCAGCAACCCCCCCCGGAACGCGCCACCCCGCCCUCGCCGACCUGACCGUCGGCUGGGGCCCCUUCACACAGACCUACACGUCACGGGUCUACUGCGUUCCCGGGUCAGUGGUGGAGGCAUUUUCGAAUCCCGCGCUGGGGUUUGCGGUGGGGCAGUUGGCGGAUGAGAAGGCGGACGAGAUGGUGGAGGCGUUUGAGGGGCGGGCGAGGGAGUUGUAUGGGGGGAGGUGA